AUGAGAGAGGUAGGUGGCGGCCGACGCCACCAAUUGACUCUCGAGUCAGGUGAAAAUGCACUGAAUUUGUUCGCAUACCGGUCUAGUUCCAUAAGAACUUUUCUUUUUUACUUGUUUUCUGUAUUAACGUUUGGACUUUUCCGUCUAGUUCUUCAUUGGAAGCCCAGAUGGCAUUUGUGGUUUCGCACAGUCCGGUCAACAUUUGAAGAUGCAGAUUUCAUUUUCAUUGUCAAUGCCGAUAAUGUUGCUGAAUUUGUACCGAUCUCGACUAAACGUAGAAGUCAGUACGGACCACCAUUGGUUAUACCUCGUGAGGAUGGUUCAAUGAAGGAGGUCGAGUCUUUCCGUUGGUUCGCUUAUCGGGAGUUGCAUUAUAUAUGGAUGGAAGGGGAAGAUGUAGAUGGUAGUGGUGUUUUCGUAGCUCCCAGUGAAAUGGAUCAAACGCAACCUCUCUCUCGCUUACACGAAAUAGUCCGUGGAUGUUUAGGAUUCACAGAUGACGAAGUGUAUCAGCGUAUAGAGACGUAUGGUAGGAAUCUAAUUGAGGUGAAAGUUCGAUCUAUCUUUGUUUUGUUAUUCAUGGAAGUGAUAUCGCCAUUUUACAUUUUUCAAAUAUUCAGCGUAAUCAUCUGGUAUAAUGAUGAGUAUUGUUAUUAUGCAACUGUGAUCGUGUUGAUGUCUGUAGCGUCCAUAACAAUGGACAUAUUCCAAACUAGAAAACAAGAGAAACGCUUACGUGCUAUGGUAAACGUAUCAGAAGAGGUGGAGGUUAUCCGUAAUGGUGGAAAAGUGAUUAGAAUUAACAGUGAAGAGAUUGUACCGGGUGAUAUUCUUCUCAUUCCUCCUACUGGAUGUAUUCUGCAAUGCGAUGCUGUUUUAAUGAAUGGUACAGUAAUAGUGAACGAGAGUAUGCUAACAGGCGAAUCAGUUCCCAUAACUAAGGUUGCCCUGCCGGAUGAUCAUAGUGAUGCUCAUUUCCACCUAGAGAAACACUCCAAGCAUAUUUUGUUUUGCGGAACUGAUGUGCUACAAACUAGGUUUUAUCCCGGUCAGAAAGUCAAGGCUGUUGUUCUUCGAACUUCUUUCUCUACUCUCAAAGGGCAGCUUGUACGCUCUAUAAUGUUCCCAAAACCAAUAGACUUCCGUUUCACCAAGGAUCUGUUCAAGUUCAUUGGUUUCUUGGGUUGUAUCUCAGGAUGCGGAUUCAUCUACACAAUCAUUAUAAUGGUAGUUCGAGGAAGCAGUUUCAGACGUGUUGUCAUCCGCGCACUGGACAUCAUAACAAUCACAGUUCCUCCUGCUUUACCAGCUGCGAUGUCUGUCGGAAUCAUGUCGGCUCAGCUCCGACUGGAAAAAAAAGACAUUUUUUGUAUUUCACCUUCCACUAUAAAUUUAUGUGGAGCUUUGAAUGUGGUUUGUUUCGAUAAAACAGGAACCUUGACGGAAGAUGGUCUUGAUUUCCAUGUCAUUCGUCCAGUUGAACCAGCGAAUGAAGACAAGAAGGCUGAAUUCAAACCAGAAACAGCUGAGAUGAAGAGAGCAGAACUACCAAUGAAGGGUGAUUUGGUUAAUGCUAUUGCUACUUGCCACUCUUUGACUAGAAUCAAUGGUGCACUGAACGGCGAUCCUUUAGACCUCAUUCUCUUCCAACAAACCGGAUGGUCUCUCGAGGAACCAGCAGAAAUCAGUGGAGAUGAAAUUAACAACGAAGCUGAAAUCUAUGAUGCUGUUCAACCGUCAAUUAUCAAACCUCCUCAAGCAGUUGGUGGAAAACCCGAAGAGUAUUCCGUCAUUCGUCAGUUCACUUUCAGUUCCUCUCUGCAACGGAUGUCAGUAAUCGUUUUCAAUCCAAAUGAUGAAGACCAUAAUAUGACGCUCUAUUGUAAAGGAUCUCCGGAAAUGAUUUCCAGCUUAUGUGACCCAAAGACUGUUCCUGAUAACUAUGCUACCAUUGUUAAUCAUUAUGCUCAACAUGGAUUCCGUUUGAUUGCUGUGGCUCGCCGGCAUCUUAAUAUAAGUUAUUCCAAAGCCGCCAAAAUUCCGAGAAAUCAGGUUGAAUGCGAGCUUGAACUAUUAGGUAUUGUUGCCAUGGAAAAUCGUGUGAAAGAUGUGACCCUUGGAGUUGUUAAUCAGUUGAAUAGAGCUCACAUCCGAACCGUGAUGGUCACAGGAGACAAUAUACUAACCGCGUUGAGUGUAGCUCGAGAGUGUGGAAUCAUCAGACCAGAAAGGAGAACUUUCAUUGUUGACCAUGUGGUAGAUGAAAAGGAUUCUCAAGGCAGAACGUCUUUGACACUAAAACCGUCUGUGUCUUCUUCUGACGACAUCCUAGAUGAUGAACCUGUCGAAAAGACUCUAACAGAUGCUGAACUCGGUUUACUUGUUCAUAGUAAUUAUCAUCUCUGUAUUUCUGGAGCUACAUUCAAUAUUAUUUUCAAUGAAUACCCUGAGCUAUUAGACUCUCUAGUAUGUGUGUGCGAUGUUUUCGCUAGAAUGGCACCUGAACAGAAGAAACAGCUAAUUAAUCAUCUACAGGAAGUCAGUUAUACUGUUGCUAUGUGCGGAGACGGAGCUAAUGACUGCGCUGCGUUGAAAGCUGCUCACGCUGGAAUAUCAUUAUCAGAUGCUGAAGCUUCUAUUGCAGCUCCAUUCACAUCGAAAGUUCCUGAUAUUCGUUGUGUUCCCACUAUUAUAAGUGAAGGAAGAGCAGCAUUAGUGACCUCAUUUGGAAUUUUCAAAUAUAUGGCAGGAUAUUCGUUGACACAAUUUUUCACUGUAAUGCAACUGUAUUACAUUUCCAAUAUUCUCACUGAUGGACAGUUCAUGUAUAUCGAUAUGUUUUUAAUAACUCUCCUCGCUCUCUUAUUUGGUAAUACACCAGCUUACCCGCGUCUCCACUAUUGCCCACCUCCGACUCGGUUGCUUUCCAUCGCCAGUAUGACCAGCGUUAUUGGACAGUUAUUAAUAAUGGGAACAACUCAGCUUUUCGUGUUUAUCUGGACUACAUAUCAACCAUGGUUUGUUCCUUAUGAGCCACCUCAAGGACCAGAUCCCGAGGAUAAACGCAGCAUGCAGGGAACUGCCCUGUUUUGCGUGUCUGUGUUCCAAUAUAUCACCUUAGCAGUUGUCUAUUCGAAAGGCAAACCUUUCAGAGGAGGUAUAACCAGUAAUCGACUUUUCUUAGGAGCUAUUGUUUCUGUUACCUUGGUGUCUGCUUUCAUUGUGCUCUCCGCGAAUGAAUGGGUCGAUGUAGCCAUUGGAAAUAUACGUAUACCAGAUUGGCAGUUCAAGUUUUCUCUUGUUGCCUUAGCCAUAGGCAAUGCCGUAGUGUCAUUCGUAUUCGAAUCUGUUCUCGUAGAUAAGCUAAUACUUCAACUCUGGGAAAGGAAGAAAAAACAGAAAGCCAUCAAGGAAUAUUCUUCUCUCUCAGAUAUCCGAGAAGGGGGAGGACCUAUAUUUGAGCAUAUUUUAUCUAGGAUAGGAGCUGAGCCGUCAUGGCUCCUCACUGUUGCAAGUUAUAUAAAUGCUGAUGAAAGUACAAAUACUAAGAAAGCCAAUGGUAAAAGUAAUGGUCAUAUAUGA